GACGUGUGUGCGUGCGCGCUCCCGUGCGGAGGGAAGAUGGCGGAUGUUUGGAGUGAGGAGAUUCAAGAGAGCAGCUGAUAAAGAGAAACACAAACAACUGCAGAAAAACAGAAGCAGCGCGCGGGCGAGAGACACACCGAGCGUCACGCACACAGACGUACAGACGGCGUCAUGUCUCGCGGCUCAGACGGGGAAGACGGCUGCCUGGUUGCUAUGGACACGGAGGAGGGCGGGGCUCUGGCGCCAGGGGGAGGAGCUCUGGCGCCAGGGGGCGGGGCCAGCACUCACAGCAUGGGGGAGCUCCCGGAGGAGGUGCUGGAGUUCAUCCUCUCGUUCCUGUCGCCCUAUCAGGAGCACAAGAUGGCGGCGCUUGUGUGCAAACAGUGGUACCGCCUCAUCAAAGGUGUGGCGUAUCAGUGUUAUCAUGGUUUCCUGCGGGCCGUUCAGGAGGGAAACAUCCAGUGGGAGAGUCGCACUUAUCCGUACCCUGGAACGCCCAUAACACAGCGCUUCUCACACAGCGCGUGUUAUUACGACAGUAACCAGUCGAUGUACGUGUUCGGCGGCUGCACUCAGAGUAGCUGUAACGCGGCCUUCAACGACCUGUGGCGCCUGGACCUCAACAGCAAAGAGUGGAUCCGGCCGCUGGCGUCAGGCUCGUACCCGUCCCCGAAGGCCGGGGCCACGCUGGUCAUGUACCGGGACCUGCUGGUUCUGUUCGGCGGGUGGACCCGGCCCAGCCCGUACCCGCUGCACCAGCCCGAGCGCUUCUUCGACGAGAUACACACCUACUCGCCCUCCAAGAACUGGUGGAACUGCAUCGUGACGACUCACGGGCCUCCGCCCAUGGCUGGCCACUCCUCCUCCGUCAUCGGCAGCACUAUGGUGGUGUUCGGGGGCUCACUGGGGGCCCGGCAGAUGAGUAACGAGGUGUGGCUCCUGGAUCUGGAGCAGUGGUCCUGGUCCAAACCCAGUGUCAGCGGCCCGUCUCCUCACCCGCGCGGAGGCCAGUCUCAGAUCGUGAUUGACAGCGAGACGCUGCUGAUUCUGGGCGGCUGCGGCGGGCCGAACGCUCUGCUGAAGGACGCCUGGCUGCUGCACAUGAGCGCCUCCAGCUGGACGUGGCAGCAGCUGCGGGUGGAGAACGAGGAUCACGGCGCGCCGGAGCUCUGGUGCCAUCCGGCCUGCAAGGUGGGUCAGUGUGUGGUGGUGUUCUCUCAGGCUCCGUCUGGUCGAGCUCCUCUUAGUCCGAGUCUGAACUCUCGGCCGUCCCCCAUCAGCUCCACUCCCGCUCCUCUGGGCCCGGACCCGUCCUCCCAGCGCUCCCAGUCCCCGGUGCGUAGCGGCGCGGCGGGGGCGGUUCUGGGUGCCGUCGAGGAGGCGCCGUGUGUGAACGGGCGCUGGGGAACGCUACGGCCCAGAGCGUCGGCGCGACCACGGGACGGGAGUCCAUCGCCCUCGCGAGGUCCCGAUAGCCCUCCGUUACUCAACGGCUCGUCUCCGUCGCCACGCACUAGCCCAGCGGCGGUGUCUCCACCUGCGCGACCCGCGGACUACAGCUGGGACGGCGACCCGCUCGGUGCUAACGGGAUUCACACGCCUCCACACACCCCGCCGGGAGCCGUUUCUCCCGCCGCACUGCGGCGCGGUCUGGAGGCCGUUAAAGCCUCGUCCUCAUCCUCGUCGUCGCAACCCCAGCCUAGCGCCUCCGCAGUAACUCCUCCCACCUCCUCCAGCCCGCCACAGGCCGACGCCCACUCACUCCCUCCCAUCGCCCGCCGGCUCGCACACCAUCCGCCGCAGAGCCUCAACGUGGGCAAGCCGCUGUACCAGUCGCUCAACUGCAAACCCAUGCAGAUGUACCUGCUGGAUGUGUCGCGUGCCAAGGCGGAGGGUGUGGUGUCGUGGAAGGUGUAUGGCGGCGGCGGAGCGGCUAGCGCGGUCACGGGGCCGCCAGAGACCAGCCUGCACACGGUGGUUCAGGGCCGCGGGGAGCUCAUCAUCUUCGGCGGGCUCAUGGACAAAAAGCAGAACGUCAAAUAUUACCCCAAAACCAACGCCUUGUACUUCGUCCGUGCCAAGAGGUAAUGGAGGAGCGCUAGCCGCCGCGACACGACGGGAACGACUGCUGCCCUUACACUAAUUUACCUUAAAAUACUGCUCAACUCAUAUAAAGGACACUCAAACAUAGUUGUUGUUUCAAUUUAUGAGUGAAUGAAUGAGGUUUUUGCUAUGUGCUCUGCAAGAGUGUGUGUGUGCGACUGUGCGUGUGUGUGUGUGUUUGAGAGAGAGAGAAAUCUAGAAGGGAAUGUUUUAUUGUUUCUGUAGCAUUUCACCCUCAGAAACAUCGAUCUGACUGAAGGAAACACGAUUGUAGGAUGAACUGAUGAAAUGGACCUUUUUUACCGCUCUUUCAGCCUGCAUUGUUUACAUUAAGUGUGUGUGUGUGUGUGUGUGUGAGAGAGAGAGAGAGAGAGAGAGAGAGUGUGAUUGUGCUGUGGAGGGAAUGAGACCGUGGAUUGUAAACGGAAAUAAAGAAAGUUCUCCAUGUUUUAAUUCUCUGA